UCCCUGGACUUGAGAUUUGUUGUGAGAACUCAAGGCAGCACGUCAUGAAGCUCUCACACGUCCCAUCUGGGAAGAAUAAGACAUGCCCAAACCUUAUUCAUUGCAGGGCCAAUGAGGAAGCUGAAGUAUGUUGAGAGUCCCCGAGUGCCAGCAGACUCAGCUGUAAUGCCAUUGAGAAAAGUCUUGGAGCUGCCGGACCCCAACCAAAAUGAAUGUGCACUUGAGAAGACCUCUGGCUGUUCCCCGGCUGCUCAGGAGCUGAUGACGAGGCUGGGAUUCCUGCUCGGUGAAGGCAUUCCCAACACCGCGCGAGUAUCUAUGGAUGAGAAGAAUGAAACUAUGUGUACAGUGACAAGUCACGGGAUAAGUCCCUGCUCAACACUGACGAACAGCACAGCUUCUCCAAGCACUGCCAGUCCUUGCUCCACGCUGAACAGCUGCAUCAUCAAAACAGCCGCCAACAGAACCAGUCCCAGCGGAACCAUCAGCAGCCCCAGCUCCACCCUGGAAAGCAAAGACAGCGGAAUAAUCGCCACCAUCACAAGUUCAUCGGAGAAUGACGACCGCAGUGGUUCCAGUUUAGAGUGGAGUAAAGACGGCAGUCUGCGGACUGUAGGAUAUCAAGGGAUGAUUCACGAGAGGAGAACAGAUAAUUGCUCGCCCGUCGUAGAAGAAGAAACUGGCAGCACGGCAGAAAAUAUGCCCAAAAGUGACUCGUCUGCUGGCGAAGGCCCCGUUUCUUACAUGCAGAACUCCAGCUCAUUGAUGAUGCAACGACCCAACUCCGUGGCAGCAACAAGUUCCACAAAACUGGAAGACUUGAAUUACCUGGAUGUACAGCGAAAUGCUCCUCUACGCACCUCCAUCCGAAUGCCCUGGCAUAACACAGCAGGAUCACCACGCUUUGUCCCCUACAAGCCACAGGACAUUCUCUUGAAGCCGCUGUUGUUUGAAGUGCCAAGCAUAACAACGGACUCAGUGUUUAUUGGAAGGGGCUGGCUCUUUCAGGAGACUGAGGAAAAGAUGAGAAGUUCAGAGCUGCCGGACAACCGCGGAGUAGUAAUUGUUGGCUCCGUUGGCUUUGGAAAGACGGCAAUCAUUUCCAAGCUGGUGGCGCUCAGCUGUCACGGGACCCGUAUGAGGCAGAUUGCCUCUAGUAGCCCCUCUUCAUCUCCUAAGGGUAUUGACCACAGUCAGGAGAUCCCUCUGUCUCAGACAUCACCACUGAGCCUAAAUAUGUGCGGGUCAACCACUAUGAAAACAUUGGGACCCAGAGGAAGUCCUGAACACCAAAAAAUGAUGGAUGAUUCCUUAAAACACCUGGCCUCAAAGGUUGUUGCCUAUCACUACUGUCAAGCUGAUAACACGUAUACUUGUCUGGUGCCGGAGUUUGUGCACAGUAUCGCUGCCUUGUUGUGCCGGUCGCAUCAGUUGACGGCCUAUCGGGACCUUCUCAUUAGAGAACCUCAUUUACAAAGCAUGCUCAGCCUGCGAUCCUGCGUGCAGGACCCAUUGACUGCCUUCAGAAGAGGAGUUCUGGAACCUCUGACAAACCUGCGUCGAGAGCGGAAGAUCCCGGAGGAAGAAUUCAUCAUUUUGGUAGACGGUUUGAACGAAGCUGAAUUCCACAAGCCUGACUACGGUGACACCAUUGCCACAUUCGUCAGUAAAUUAAUUUCCUCGUUCCCGUUAUGGAUAAAGCUUAUCGUGACAGUGCGGGCUAAUUUUCAGGAAAUAACAAGUUCACUGCCUCUAUCCAAGAUUUCCUUAGAUGAUUUCCCAGAGAACAAAGAAAUCUACAAUGACCUGAGCGCUUAUAUACAAUACAGAAACAGCACUAGCCAGGAAAUCGCUAACAAUAUCUCUAUAAAUGGCAAAACAGAUGCCAGCAGUAUCGGCAAACUGACAGACCACCUGGUGAUGCUGAGCCAGGGCUCCUAUCUAUACCUGAAGCUCACCCUGGAUCUUUUUGAAAAGGGCCACCUAGUCAUCAAGAGCUCCAGUUACAAAGUGGUGCCCGUUUCCCUGUCUGAGCUGUAUUUGCUCCAGUGCAAUAUGAAGUUUAUGACCAAUUCCGCCUUUGAGAAAGCACUUCCUAUUCUGAACUUGUCUUUGGCCUCGUUACACCCCAUGACAGACGAGCAGAUUUUCCAGGCCAUCAACGCAGGCAAUGUUUAUCCGGAGCACAACUGGAAAGACUUCCAGCAGCGGAUGGAACAUCUCUCGUCCUUUCUGAUAAAAAGAAGGGAUAAGACGCGCAUGUUCUGCCACCCGUCUUUCAGGGAAUGGCUAGUAUGGAGAGCUGACGGAGAGAGUACGCAGUUCCUGUGUGAACCGCGAAGUGGACAUGCCCUAUUAGCAUUCAUGUUUUCUCGACAAGAAGGAAAAUUAAAUCGGCAGCAGACCAUGGAAUUGGGUCACCAUAUCUUAAAAGCGCACAUAUUUAAGGGACUCGGUAAGAAGAGUGGGGUCUCGUCCAGUACUCUUCAGGCCUUGUGGAUUGGAUACAGCACGGAUGGUUUGUCUGCCGCCCUUGCUUCUCUUAGGAAUUUGUACACCCCGAAUGUAAAGGUGAGCCGACUUCUGAUAUUAUCAGGGGCAAACAUCAACUACAGGACCGAGGUUUUAAAUAACGCUCCGAUCCAGUGUGUCCAGGCACACCUCGGUCAUGAGGAGAUGGUCAGCCUGCUGCUGGAAUCUGGUGCCAUCGUGGAUGGGAUGUCUGAAAGUGGAAUGACCCCGUUGUGCUACGCAGCUGCUUCUGGACACCUAAAUAUUGUAACCCUUCUGUGCAAAAAAGGAGCAAAGGUAGAUCACGUAGACAAGAAAGGACAGAGUGCCUUGGUACACAGUGCUCUGAGAGGACACUGCAGUAUCCUCAAGUUUUUACUGAAUUGUGACUGGACAUCUUCCAUCCAACAACCAAACUAUGUAAGGCGAAGCCAUGCUCUUCAACAGUCUCUGACCGCAGCAGCCAGUAUGGGACACACAGAGGUGGUGAGAUGUCUUUUGAAUCACGAGAAAGAUUUCCCAUUAGACAUCAAUGAGAAUGACACACUUUGGGGAGAGACAGCUCUCACAGCAGCAGCAGGAAGAGGGAAGUUGGAAGUCUGCGAACUACUGCUGGACCAUGGAGCCAUCUUGUCACGCCUUAAUAGACGUGGGAUAUCUCCCCUCUUCUGUGCAGUGCGCCAAGGGCACUGGCAGGUCGCCAGGCUUCUCAUGCAGCAUGGCUGUGAUGUAAAUCUGAUUGACAAGCAAGGCCGGACUCCCCUCAUGGUCGCUGCGUGUGAAGGCCAUUGUGGUACUGUGGAGUUUCUUCUGUCCGAGGGUGCAGACAUCGUUGCAGUAGACAAGGAAGGGUUAACUGCCCUGAGCUGGGCCUGUCUCAAGGGUCACAGAUCCGUGGUCCAGUGCCUCGUAGAAAGAGGCUCCAGCAUUGACCAAAUGGACAGGAACGGCCGCACACCUCUGGACCUGGCUGCCUUUUACGGAGAUGCCGAAAUUGUACGUUUUCUGAUGUUCAUGAUUGAACAUGUCGAUUACAGUGGAAUGCGUCCGUUGGAUCGAGCCAUAGGAUGCCGAAACACAGCCGUCGUUGUGACUCUGCUGAGAAAAGGAGCCAAGCUAGGAAAUGCAGCUUGGGCGAUGGCGACUUCUAAACCAGACAUCUUGAUCAUUCUCCUGCAGAAGCUAAUGGAUGAAGGCAAUAUCUUGUACAGAAAGGGGAAGAUGAAAGAGGCUGCACAGAGGUACCAAUACGCUCUCAGGAAGUUUCCCCGGGAAGGUUUUGGAGAAGAAAUGAAAGCUUUCAAUGAGCUGCGUGUGUCCCUCUACUUGAACUUGUCCAGAUGUCGCCGAAAAACAAAUGACUUUGGCAUGGCUGAAGAGCUUGCAACCAAGGCACUAGAGCUGAAACCAAAGUGCUUUGAAGCUUAUUACGCCAGGGCAAGAGCUAAGCGAAACAGCAGGCAGUUUGUUGCUGCUCUCGCUGACCUAAAUGAGGCUAUGAAAUUGUGCCCCAACAACCAGGAAAUAAAGCGGCUUCUAUCCCGUGUAGAAGAGGAGUUCAAACAGCAUCAAAAGAGCCAACAGCAGAAACAGUGCCAGCCGCCUCCACCACCGAGCAAUGAUUCUGACCAAGAGGAUGAAGCUCUGGAAGAAACAUUGGACAAUCAUCUGAGCCUUCAGGAGAUCCAGGAAGAUGAAAGUCCUCCUUCAGACAAGCUCCCGGCAAACUCAAAGCCACAGGAUGUACCAAACAACCACAGAGCUGCAGAAUAUAUUAACCAGAAGUUCCAUUCUGAAUCUUCUGAGGAACAUCAGGCUAAAAAUGUAUGCCUCCAACAAGCUCUGGUGCAAAGGCCGACAAAGCAAGCACAGAUAGUAAAAACCAACCAGCACAUGAAUUCCCUGCAGUCUAUAUCUAGAUCUACCAAUAGUUUUUCUGCCAUGAAAAACCAGUCUUCCACUCUGGCGCCUCCAAGCCCUCUUCCUCUAAGACCAUCCUCUAACCAAGCCAGUAUGAGAGGUCCUAAUGCAGAUGGGAAGCAUCCUGCGUCUUCUGGAACUCACGGUUCUGCUUACAGUGAAAAGGUUCCUUCAGUUCUUGCCAUCCACAGACAGCCUGGUGAGAUUGUCCAUUCCUAUAAGGCUUCAGGUUCCUUUGUUUCUAAAACUGCGGAAAGGUUUGUGGGAUUUUCUGCAGCCCAAGAAAAUCAGUUUGUUUGUAAAGAAAAGCCAACAGCAGUAGCAGAGACCAAAAGAAUGGCAUCCCACAGUUUGACUUCAAGUAGUAGUUUUUCUGAGGGUGUUAAAGGGCCUGAUGUGCGCAGCAAAGAAAAUAAGCCCAACCAAAUUGUAAGUGCAUCAGUGGACAACAGACCGCGAAACAUACCCUUCAUGGGGAUCAUCGACAAAACCUCCAGAUCCUUGCAGCCGACUGUUCCGUCUGCUCGUAGUUGGCAAAACCAAACCGACUUAAACCCCAAUCCUCCGGGGACUGGGUCAUCUGCAGGUUUUGAAAAGUUCACUGGUAAGCCGGCAACCAAUUAUGGAAAUAAAAACAAGACCAUGCCAAACGUAUUUGGAGGGAAUACUCACAAUGGGGUGGUAUACUCGAAGGACUUUGAGGAUGGAAAGUGUCAAACGUCCAGCCUUUCUCAAGAAUCCAAGGCUGUUGCCCAAUCAUACCAAGAGGCAAUGCUGAGGUCACAAUCUAUCUUGGCUAAAGACUCCAAUUUAGGCUCAAUGUCUUCUACAAAACCAAAGCGAUCAUUCAUAGAGUCUAAUGUGUAACAAGACCAG